CCGCCGCGGAAGCGGGCGGGCUGCGUCGGGGCCUGUGGGCUGAGGGCCACGGUGUGUCACGGUCAGAGCCCGGCGGCUUCUUCUGGGCUGGGCAGCCGGUAGUAGAGGAGGGGACGGUCGAUGUCCGUUGUACGAGGGGAGGCCGCGGCAGGGACACAGGGGAAUCUCGGGGAGCGAAUCCUGGCCUUUCAGGACGCUCCGUUCGGCUCCUUGGGGAGAAAAGGCGAGGCACGAGUCUGGGGGGAGCCCCCGCUCCACCCCCAGCCUAAGGCAGGGUCCCUUCUGCGGCUCUGAGCCCAAAGUGCGAGUUGCUAUGGGCAACCAGCUAGCGUGACCAAGGCCUCCUGGUACCCCCCCCCCCCCCCGUGUUCUGGUCUUAGCGCUGAAGCAUCCUUCUCCUCUGGCCUACCGAAGGGACCCUGUCUACCCCCGCCCCGCCCAUCUUUUUUUACCCAGGUCAGGCCUGGGAAGCCAGAGAAGGCCGCCUGACCGUACACGCUGCCUUGUUUAUAUUAGGGUGAAGCCACCCUGAACAGCACUUCCACGGUCAGGCCCAGACAUGCCAGUCCUUGCAAGAUGCAAACCAUACGGCACUCUGAACAGACACUGAAAACAGCUCUCAUCUCAAAGACUCCAGCGCUUGUGUCUCAGUAUGAGAGCUUAGAUGCUGGGGAACGGCGCUUGAUGAACGAAGCCUUUCAGCCAAACAGUGCUCUCUUUGAACCUAUUACCUUGCAUUCGGAGUCAGAUUGGAUUACCUCCCAUCCUGAGGCCCCUCAAGACUUUGAACAGUUUUUCAAUGACCCUAAAAGAAAGACACCGUCUCCAGAGAAAAGCAGUAUAUACAUACAGUCUAUUGGAUCUCUGGGAAACACCAGAAUUAUCAGUGAAGAAUAUAUUAAAUGGCUUAAGGGCUACUGUGAAGCAUUUUUCUAUGGCUUGACAGUAAAACUCCUGGAACCCAUUCCUGUUUCUGCAACGAGAUGUUCCUUCAGGGUCAAUGCUCACACACAAAACCUGCAAAUUCAUGCAGGGGACAUCCUAACAUUCUUAAAAAGGAAGAAACCAGAAAAUGCCUUCUGUGUUGUGGGGAUAACAAUGAUUGAUCUUUACCCAAGAGACUCCUGGAAUUUUGUCUUUGGACAAGCCUCUUUGACAGAUGGUGUGGGGAUAUUCAGCUUUGCCAGGUAUGGCAGUGAUUUUUACAGCUCACGCUAUGAAGGCAAAGUGAAGAAGCUGGAGAAAUCAUCUUCAAGUGAAUAUUCAGUUUUUGAUAACUAUUAUAUUCCUGAAAUCACUAGUGUUUUUCUGCUUCGAUCAUGUAAGACUUUGACCCAUGAGAUUGGACACAUCUUUGGAAUGCGACACUGCCAGUGGCUCUCAUGCCUGAUGCAAGGCUCCAACCACUUGGAAGAAGCCGACCGGCGCCCUCCAAACCUUUGUCCCAUCUGUUUACGCAAGUUGCAGUGUGCCAUUGGCUUCAACAUAGUAGAAAGAUACAAAGCAUUGUUGAGGUGGAUUGAUGAUGAACCUUCCAACAAACCUGGAGUAACACCAAAACAUAGUCGUGAGGGAAAUGUGAAUUUACCAAAACGUGUGGAAGCCUUUAAGGAAUGGAAAGAGUGGAUAAUGAAAUGCCUUGCUGUUCUCCAAAAAUAAGGACCUUCAAAUAGGAGUAAUUAAAAUAAAAUACAUACAUAUUAUGCUGUCAUUUUGGUGGAGUACCUCAUUGGAGUAACCUAAGUCCUUACUGAUAGUGCACUGUCAAAGUAACACAAUAGAGCCUUCUUUAAAGCACCUGAACCUUGAAAUGGGGCUCAUUUUGAAUAUUUACAGCUCUAUAUGCUUUAUCUUCUAUCUGGUAGCAGACUGGUCUAUGGCAGCCAGCACUUCAUUUUCUUCCUUCACAUACGUUUAUGUCCCACAAGAGAAUUGGACUAACAGUAACUAGUAAGGAAAUAAAUACAUAAGCUAUGUAUGUCCCCCAGAAGGUCAGCAGUUCAAAUCCACCAGCUGAUCCUUGGAAACCCUAUGGGGCAGUUCUACUCUGUCCUAUAAGGUCACUAUGAGUUGGAACUGACCCAACAGCAAUGGAAUAUAUGUCUCAGGGCAAGAUUUCCAGCCGACAUAAUUCCCAGGGCGUGGUUCUGGGUUCGGUUUUGAGAAGCGAUGUGCCCUCUCUUUGAGGCCCAGCCAGGUCACAGGGUGAACUGUCUUGUGCCCUGGCACCCUCUAUUCACAUCUCGCCUCCUCUUCUGUGAACUUUGCCUAUUUGCUGGUGUGCUGUACCUCCUUUUUUUCACUGCCAACUGUCAGCGUAUCCCUGAAAGAAGCAACAGCUAAUUUCAGGCUGUAGCAGCUUAAAAUGUGACUGCCUUUCAAGAAUAUUUAAAUAUGAAAGUAACAGUGGUACUCAUACCACAGCAACCUUUUUGGGGGGUGGGUGCCUUUGGCAGUUCUCAGUUAUAACAGAAAUGCAUAGUCGUUUGGGAGGGGUCUUGCCAAUAAUUUGUUAUAAUGGUACUUCCCUUUGUUCGAGUUUUGCUUUUUCUGCAGAUUUAGGACAGGUUUUAGGUUUAUUCCUGUAACAGUGUCUUUCUUGCUUCUUUGCAUUGUGAAGUUACUUGAGUAGGGGGAGAGUGCGAUGGGGUUACCUGUUGGAGUGCCAAGAAUCCCGGGCAGUGAACAUUGACCCUACUGCCCUGGGGGAAGCAGGUUGAAAACUUCAGACUUGCAGACUGUGUCAGGUCAGUGAUAUCCUGGCACACAUAGUACACGAGAAAUCUAGAAGUUACUAUUUCACGAUAUUACUGAAUUUUUCUCAGUGCUGGUGAGCAGACUGCAUUCCCCACUAUCCCAUCUUACCUCGACAUAAUUAUUUUCUUAGUAUUGAAGAAAGGUAAUUAUUUCAUUGGUACUUUGAAAUCUAAAUUCUUUCGUUUAUUUCAUUGUUAUCAUGCCGUGUGAUUUGAAGCACAGUUUAUAACAGAAUCAGUCAUCUCCCUUAGAUUCACUUUCCUGCUUGAUUAAACCUUUUUUAAGUCAUUUUAGGAAAUGGUGGUUUGCCAUUAAAAUUAAUUGGAGAGAGGAUACGUGGUUGUUCUAAUACUGAAAAGAGAACCUGAUGGAGCCUGGAAUUCUGUGGAUUCUGUUACGGGUUUUAAUUCAUCUUUGAAUAAUGUACUUCUAAUUAUCGUCAGGUCUGUUCACUUUUAUUUUCCUGUAAGUUAAGCACACUGUCAGUCCUGUAGGUCAGUGUUCAUCACACAUGCAGAUGUGGCUGGAUGUAGAAGUUGGGGGUUCAGAGACUUGGACAAGAUAGUCCGUUUGCGUCUACUCUGAAUUGUGAGACCAGGAAGAACAGGCAAACAAUUUUAACUCAUUCACUCUUGUUAAAAGUGGGACUAAAUAUGACAUGGGGGCAGUGAGGCUCAGUGGUAGAAUUCCUGUCUUCCGUGCAGGAGACCCAGGUUUGAUUCCCAGCCAGUGUAGCUCCUGUGUAGCCAUCACCCAUCUGUCAGCAACCCUGUGUUGCUGAGUAGGUUUCAGUGGAGCUUCCAGACUAAGGGAGAAAGACCUGGCAAUCUAUUUUCAAAAAUCACUGAAAACUCUGUGCUUCACAAUGGUCUGAUCCCCAGCUGAUCAUGGAGAUGGUGCAGGACCAGGGUCCCCAUGAGUUAGGUGCUACCUGAAUGGCAGCUAACAACAAACGUGACUGAAAUUUUAUGUAAUAGGCAUUUAUUCAGCAGUUAUCACGUCGAGCUGUGUAUAAUGAUCAUAUUUACUUUUGGACAG